AUGAAAGCUCUGGUCAGUCCCCCCGAGACGCCUUUGUCAUUGCGGGCCUUCAUGAUGCUGCUCAAGUGGCUGUUUCUUUGGGCAACGCUCACUCUCGCCGUCCCAACCGGCGACAAUCUCUACAAACGACAAGACGAAAAUCAUUGGGCUGUGACAUGGACGUCUAUGCCCCAAGAGGUGGAACAAAGUAAUCUUCCACCAUCGCCUUUCAAUGGAGGAAGUGUCCAAUACCGCAACGCAACGCUCCGCCAGACUUUCCACGUCUCCAUCGGUGCAUCACGCAUCCGUUUCCAGCUUACAAACAUCUUUGGAGGUUCAGAUCUGCCCAUCACGGCAGCCUCCAUCGCCCUUCCACUCGGCGGAGCAGCAGGCGUCUCUGGGGUCGAUACGGCUACUACCAGGGGACUAACUUUCUCCGGGUCUCCGUCCGUCACUAUCAAGCAAGGCGCCUUUGUCUACAGUGACCCGAUAGACUUCAAAGUGCUACCUCAGACAAAUGUCGCGCUGAGUCUGUACUCUCAGCAGGGCCAGUCUGGGACCCGGAUCACGGGACACCCCGGCAGCCGCACGACUUCAUGGAUGCAGAGUGGUAAUCAAGUGAAUGCAUCAUCUGUCGGAGGCGCUAGCACAAAGCACUGGUACUUUGCUACUGCCGUGGAGGCGUGGGUUCCCAGGAAUACGUCAGCAAUGAUAAUCCUCGGGGACAGCAUCUCGGACGGACGUGGUAGCGACAAUGACAAGAAUAACCGAUGGCCCGAUCUCCUCCUCGCACGCCUACAAAAAGAAGGGAUCACAAAUCUCGCAAUCGCAAACGAAGCAGCAGGCGGCAACGCAGUCCUCAGCGGCGGCCUCGGCCCCACACUCCUGUCCCGAUACCCUCGCGACGCCCUCACCCAGCAAGGCGUCUCCCGCGUUCUCAUCUUCGAAGGCGUAAACGACAUUGGCCCCGGCGGCACCGACGCCGCAUCCCAGCAGCGCAUUGGCGACGGGCUCAUCGCCGCGUACAAACAGAUCGUGGCCGACUGCAAGAAGGCCGGGCUUGCUACCAUCGGGGCGACGAUCACGCCGUUUGCGGGGAGCGGGCAGGCGUAUUCAAACCCGGAGAGGGAGCGGACGCGGGUGAGGGUGAACAAGUGGAUUCUGAAGAGCGGGACGUUUGAUCACGUUGUUGAUUUUGCGGGGUUUGUUGGUGAUGGGGAGAAGUUGAAGGCGCAGUUUGAUGGUGGUGAUCAUUUGCAUCCGAAUGUGGCUGGGUAUCAGGAGAUUGCGGCCAGAUUCCCUUUGGAUGUUUUCAAGCCUUAA